GGGCGUUCAAUGCAAUUACGCAAUCAAUUUUGUCGAUGAGUCCAGCUAUCCGGUCCGCGCGUGCAUGUGGCGAUCUAUGGUCUGGACGGGUUACAUCCACGUGUUUUGCUUGAACUGGCAUCUGUUCUUGCAAAACCUUUGAGUAUUAUCUACUCGAACUCACUUGCAUCAGGCGUAGUCCCAAGCUUGUGGAAGAAAGCCAACGUUAGUGCAGUAUUCAAGAAGGGAGAUCGUAAACUCUCGUCAAACUACAGACCUAUCUAGAAGGAAAACUUCAAGAUGAGCGGUCCUCUAGCUGGUAAGGUGUGCCUUGUGACAGGUGCAACAAGAGGUAUAGGCAAAGGAAUUGCUCUGCAGCUGGGAGAAGCAGGAGCUACAGUAUAUAUCACUGGAAGAACAUUGAAACCAAAGCAAGAUGGGGUAGGAGGGUCGUUGGAGGAGACAGCAAGAGAAAUAGAUGACAGAGGAGGAAAGUGUGUUCCAGUGCAGUGUGACCAUUCCAAAGAUGAACAGGUCAAAGCAGUCUUUGAUAGGAUAGAGAGGGAACAGAAUGGACGUCUGGAUGUCCUAGUCAACAAUGCAUAUGCAGCAGUAACUGCGUUAAUGGGUGCAGUGUCUACCCCUUUCUGGGAGCUUCCUGAAGCUAUCUGGGAUGAUGUCAAUAAUGUGGGUCUGAGGAAUCAUUACAUUUGCACAGUGUAUGCAGCCAAGCUGAUGGUUCCAGCCAAACAGGGACUCAUUGUCAAUAUUUCAUCAGGUGGCGGUCUCAGAUACUUAUUCAAUGUUGCCUAUGGGGUCGGAAAAGCUGCAGUGGACCGGUUAGCAGCAGAUUGUGCUCAUGAGCUGAAGAAACACGGUGUAGCAGCAGUCUCACUCUGGCCUGGUGCCGUCAAAACAGAACAUAUCCUGGAUAAGUUCAAAGACCCGGACUUGACCGUAGAUGUUGGAGGCUAUCAAGCAAAGCAAAGAGACAUCUUCUUAAUGGGCGAGACCCCUGAGUACGCUGGCAAGUGUGUGGUCAAUCUAGCCACUGACCAGAACAUCAUGUGCAAGACGGGUCGAGUGCUCCUCACAUCGGAUCUUGCUCAAGAGUACGGUUUCACAGACAUCGAUGGCCACAUACCGAUCAAUUACCGUCAGUUGAAGUCACUGGCUUUGAUGGGUGGACACACUUGGAUCGGGGCGAUGAUUCCGGGUUUUAUCAAGAUUCCCUUCUGGGCUCUCGCUGCUAUUACUCACAAAUUCUGAUAGGUCAAAGGGUGAAAGGUCAUCUUGGCCCUGUUGCAGAAAAAUUUGCGUUUGGACACAACUAAAACGUAUCAGUUGCGAAUCCAUAAUGCUCUCUUUGGAUUGGUUGAUAAUCAAUAUGACUUUGAUUGCUUGAGUUGGAUUUUAUUGCAACUCUUGCUGAAUCAAGGACAAAAUUCUCACAGUGAAAUGAAAUUUUAUAAAGUUUUUCUAUACUUCAAUACUCUUUGGAUUGGUUGAUAAUCAAUGUCUUUGAUUGCUUGAGAUGGAUUUUAUUGCAACUCUUGCUGAAUCAAGGACAAAAUUCUCACAGUGAAAUGAAAUUUUAUAAAGUUUUUCUAUACUUCAAUAAUCUUUGGAUUGGUUGAUAAUCAAUGUCUUUGAUUGCUUGAGAUGGAUUUUAUUGCAACUCUUGCUGAAUCAAGGACAAAAUUCUCACAGUGAAAUUAAAUUUUAUAAAGUUUUUCUAUACUUCAAUAAUCUUUGGAUUGGUUGAUAAUCAAUGUCUUUGAUUGCUUGAGAUGGAUUUUAUUGCAACUCUUGCUGAAUCAAGGACAAAAUUCUCACAGUGAAAUUAAAUUUUAUAAAGUUUUUCUAUACUUCAAUACUCUUUGGAUUGGUUGAUAAUCAAUGUCUUUGAUUGCUUGAGAUGGAUUUUAUUGCAACUCUUGCUGAAUCAAGGACAAAAUUCUCACAGUGAAAUGAAAUUUUAUAAAGUUUUUCUAUACUUCAAUAAUCUUUGGAUUGGUUGAUAAUCAAUGUCUUUGAUUGCUUGAGAUGGAUUUUAUUGCAACUCUUGCUGAAUCAAGGACAAAAUUCUCACAGUGAAAUUAAAUUUUAUAAAGUUUUUCUAUACUUCAAUAAUCUUUGGAUUGGUUGAUAAUCAAUGUCUUUGAUUGCUUGAGAUGGAUUUUAUUGCAACUCUUGCUGAAUCAAGGACAAAAUUCUCACAGUGAAAUUAAAUUUUAUAAAGUUUUUCUAUACUUCAAUAAUCUUUGGAUUGGUUGAUAAUCAAUGUCUUUGAUUGCUUGAGAUGGAUUUUAUUGCAACUCUUGCUGAAUCAAGGACAAAAUUCUCACAGUGAAAUUAAAUUUUAUAAAGUUUUUCUAUACUUCAAUAAUCUUUGGAUUGGUUGAUAAUCAAUGUCUUUGAUUGUUUGAGAUGGAUUUUAUUGCAACUCUUGCUGAAUCAAGGACAAAUUCUCACAGUGAAAUGAAAUUUUAUAAAGUUUUCCUAUAUUUCACAAGCAAAAAUACAGAAGAGUGUGAGAGAGAGAAAAAAAAAAUGAAGUUAACAACAUUUUGUAUUGUAUUUCAAGGUUGCCUACAAAUACAAGUCAAUAUUUGUUCAGAAUACUGCCAGAAUUGAGACAUUUCUUUUUUCACCGUAGAUUUGAUAUGCUUAAGUUUUUAUAACAUAUAGUUCGUAAUUCAAAGCGUACACUGAACUCACUUUCUACUUACUGUAUAAACACCCUUAUAGCUAUUACAUUGUUAAUGUAAUACGUAUGAGUGCAAUUCUGGACGGAAUUUAUUUAAUGGCAGAAAGUUGGGUUCAACAAGCAUAAUCAUGCUCAUUUUCUUUUAAUAAGACAUUGAUGUUUAUGUUUUUUUCUGUUUUGUGGGUUGUUUCAAUCUUCAGCUUUGGCAUUACCAUAUUCCUUUAGAGGAUAAUGUAAAAAAAAAGACAACUACUAGACAGUGAUAUCAAGCAAUGUAAAUGACAGUCACUGGCAGAUCCAGGGUGGGGGGCACAGCCGGCCCGUGGCGCCCCCCCCCCCCUUUUGAGAGGCACAAUUAAAAUUUGUAAAUAAAAAUGCCGUUAAAAGAGAAGUGUGCCCCCCCCCUUCUUUUGAAAGUGAAAACCUUUUUUUUUGCUUGUAAAUUCGCUUAAUUUUUGAUUGAAACCCCUUUAUUUUUUUGCUUGUCAAAUUUUUCCUCGGGAAAAUGUCCCCCCCCCCCUUAAAAAAAUCCUGGAUCCACCCCUAAUGACAGUUCUAUUUUGUGCCAAUCCGCUAGUAUACUAUCAUUGUUCAGUAUUUGUUAUUUUUUUGUUAAUGUCAUUUUUUAAUGUAAUGUCACUUUGUAUUUGUAUCAUGCUUUCAUUGUUUUGAUUAUUGCAAGUAAUACAAAGAAUGAUAUACUUAUCUCUUUUCAAUCACUUAAUUUCAAUCAAUGUGAAUUAUUGUAACUAACUAUUGAUCUGGGGCCCGUUUCAUAAAGGACUUGCAAAUGUUGUAACUUUGCGAUAAUGGCAACAACCAUGGUUACAGGGCUCAGCAGCCAAUCAUAAUCAAGGUUACCAUGGUAGUUGCCAAUAAUGGCCAAGUAUGGCCAAGUAACAACGGUUGCAAUUCCUUUAUGAAACGGGACCCUGGUGUCAUGUCACAUAACUCAGAUUCUUGUAUGAAGUUUACAAAUGUAUUCAAAUGUAUUGUUUUUACUUGCAAAAUAUUUACUCUUAUAUAUUUGGUCUGCCCCAGUCAAAAGUGUGAUUGCAUCUGGCUAGGCUCUGCUUAGAUUCCUUCUAAUGUUAUUAGGGACAUGAUCUUGUCACCAUUUUGCAGGAGGUUUUUAUUCAGAAUUGUUCAACAAGGUAUUAUUUUCAUGUAGUUUGAUUUUAUGUUUUCAUGUAGUAACCACCUUUCCAUGUGCAGACACAGGGAUGUAUACAAAUUUAAUUAUCUGAAGUAUGUACUUCAAUAAGAUUAAAACAAGUUUAUGGACACCUUUUGAAAACAUGAUGGAUGGGAAAGAGAGCAAGAGUCUGCUAAAAAUCUGUCAUUGCACACUCGAUUUUAGAUUUCCUUUCAUGAUCUUCCGAAACAUGACUGUCUUCUCAUGAUGUGUAGGGUGUUUGCUCAAUACAAAUAAUUGGUCAUCAGCUUGGGAGUCGAGUACCAGCAAAUAAAAAAAAAAUGAGCAAAUUGAUUAUGAAAAUUGCAUGCUUAUGUGCGCAGUUUUCAUCAGGCCUUAAAUUUCGACACUUAAAGGGUUGGACCACUUACCUAUAUGGCGCAUUACAUUACAAAUAGAACAAAUAAAUAAGGUCAUAACAAACCUCCAGACCAAUGAGAUUGAGGCCAAUCAAAAGAACGGCUUUGAUGCGAUUCAUCAGAUUGACUACACAAUCUAAUUGUGAUGUCAUGAUGAAGUCCCUUAUCCUUCAUUUUUGCUGACUUGCUGCAUCCUCCACUUCCAAGACAUUGAAAGAUAUGAGAAUGACCAUAUUUUACUCAACAUUGAACAUUCUGCCCACCCUUCCACUGUGUUUUUGGAACCUGCUCAAUACAUUGGUGAGAGAAUACCCUAAGCAUCAUGUAUCACAUAUUGUGUAAGGAUGUGUCUUGCAAAACACCCAUGUGCAAAAAUGUGCUCAAGGUCUUCUUGCGCUGAUUCAGUAAUAUGUAUCCACAGUUUAAAUGUAUGUUUUGCAGGGUGAGAUAGUUUGUUGGAUGAGACAGUGCUAUAUCAAAUAAUGAUAGUUUAAUUGUUGAUAUCAUUUUAUUCAGGGCCCACUGGUAGACCAAUUCUUGGAACUGAAGUGGCUACCCUGGAUAAAUAUGACAUUAUUAUCAUUAUUGUUAGUGCCCUCCAGAGGAGAUAAUUUCCAAGUAGAUGGUGCUCUAUAGAUGCCUCACAAGCCUGUAGCCAGGGGGAGUUCCAGGGUGUUCAAUCAAACCCCCUAACCCCCCCCCCCACUCCCUUUGCUAAAAAGCAAGAAAAAUGGGAGGAGAAAGAGAAGAGAAGGGAUGGAAACCCCUUAAUCGAAAACACUGGCUAUGGGCCUGCCUAUUAUUAUUAUGAUUAUUAUUAUUAUGACUUGCUCUGUUAAAACAUUCCUUAAUGAUGUGAAGAUAAAAUGCCAUCUUUUUUUCUUUUUACCUUUCACACCAAAGAGGAUUGGGAGUUUCUAGCUCUAGUCCAAGUAAUUUAUUACUUUUAAUUGUAAAUAUAUAUGCAGUUUCUAUAUUGUAAUAUAUAUAUUUUAAGAUCAAGUAUGUUUUCAUUAAAAUGAAGCUGAAUGGAUAUCCAACCUUAACAGAGAUUUGUCUGUAACAAUCAGAAAUUUUUAUUAUUAUUGAAAGUUUUUUUAUUUUCCAACCUAAAAACUAGACAUUUGUAACACUUUUUCAAAUCAUGAACAUGAUAGGAAUCACCUAAAAACUGGACAUUCGUAACACUUUUUCAAAUCACGAACAGAAUAGGAAUUUAACUAAAUAAUAGAUGCGAGUGCGAGCUGAAAAUUUUUGAUUUUCCAAAACUGGACAUUCAAAGCAGUUUAAAAAGAAUAUGAACAGGAUAUGAAUCUAAACAAUUAAUGCAAGCGCGAGCUGAAAGUUUUUUAUUUUCCAACCUAAAAACUGGACAUUCGUAACACUUUUCUCAAAUCUUAAUAGCUCAAUCUCAGUAACACAAAUUGACUGAAAUAUCAGCUUCUGAAAAGUAGUGCUCUUUUACACUUACUCAGCAACAGAUAUAUUAUCUUAUAGAUCUUAAAGAUUAUGACGAUUUUUGAAGGGCCCAUGAUAAAAUUAUGCCCUGACCAAGGGUCAAAUUUGUUGUUGACAUAUUUCUGAUGAAUUCAAGCGAAUCUUUAUUUAAAAAUAAAAUUGCCAUCAUUUUCCUUGGAAAAAAAAUUAAUUACAGAUUUUCUUAUUCUAUUUUUGUCUAAAAUAAUGUUUGGUGUGUUUGAGUCAUGUUGCCAAAUUGAGUUGAUACCAAAUAUUUGUGUCUUUUCAAAAAAUCAUGUUUUUCCUCUACAUAGAGACAAUAAUUUCUUGCCUUCGUUAAAUAUACGAUGUAAAUGGUGCUUUCACAUGAUUCAUGUAUGUUAGUACCACAUCAAUCAUAUUACUGCAAGAAAGUCCUUACUGUCAGUAGAAAGCACUGAAGACCUUGCAGGAAUCAUGAUCAGGACUCUGCGACCCAAAGAUUUGCAAUUAAUCACCUAAGGUGCAUUGUGUGUUUAGAUGCUGGUUCAUGGUGGUUUGCCCUUGAAUUUGGAUGAAAUCAGAGCCCUUUAUUUUAGAGUUUUGGCCAAUCAUGAUCAUUGUCGCAUGCACAUUAUGUUCAAAACACUGACCAUGAACCAAUCAGCAUUAUUCUCUCAUAUUUGCAGUCCAUCAUAAAUUUUUGUGUUACGGGGUCCAUGUACACAAGGUGUUUGAAUUUAGAAAAGUGCUUCUUAAUGUUUGUAAAUGUGUAGAUGUUUGUCAUUCAACUCUUUAAAUUCAGCAUGUAAUUGAAAAUACCUUGAUAUUACAUUUGUAUUACUCGGUAUUACAGCAUUACAAUCGACAUAUGUUAUUGCAUGUAUUUUGAAAUAACUCUGAUACCAAUCGUGUCUUGAUUAUGAAAUAAAUAAAAUAAAUUGAUUCUUAUAUUUGUCUAAUAUAA